AUGAGUGAUCAAGAUCAGCAACCCAGCAACGGCAGCGGCAACAAAGCAAAAGACGGAGGUGGAAGGGGGCGGUUCAGCACUUUAUUUUCGAUUUCGAGAAAGACCGUAGGCGUCCACCCCGGCCAGCCGAAACUUUCGCCGCGUCACACAGCCCAAGCACAAUACUCCAGCCCCAAUGAGAAGGAGCAACCAGCGGAACAACCCGAGCCUGCUUCCUCAGGCGCCAAGUCUCUGACAAGGAGAACGUCGCCAGAAGUGGGGUCUCUAGUCAACGAGCUCAGCCUGAGAGAUGGGCCUAGGUCUCAACAGACAUCCGUCUCUCACAAACGCACCGCCGAGCAGUCACCUCAAUCUAAGCGACACAAACACUCCACGCAAGCUCCCGCCUCUGCUGCUAUCGCUCCUCGUCAACAUGUCCAUGAUGCCGGCCAUAAUCCUGUAUCGACGACGGCACAGCAUCCAAGUCUCAGCAUUCUAGCUCAAGGAGGGCCGGGCGCUUCGUCAUAUAAUGACAGUCCUACUAGUCCCGAGGACGGUUAUGACGUCGACCAACCAGAGGGCGACAUCACUAUGCUUCUUCAACCAGAAACCAAGCGCAUCACCCAGGACCAGCUCAUUAACGAAGUCAAGGGAAUCUAUGCCGGACUGGUCAUGGUUGAACGCAAGUGUGUGGAAAUCACUCAGGCACGCGCCACCGCUGCCAGCAAGCUCACCCAUGACCAAUGGCAAGCAUUGAUAGCUCUACACAGGACUCUCCUGAACGAGCAUCAUGAUUUCUUUUUGGCCUCACAGCACCCUACAGCGUCGCCUGCACUACGUCGUUUGGCUACCAAGUACGCUAUGCCAGCUCGAAUGUGGCGUCAUGCUAUUCACUCCUUCUUGGAACUUCUCAGACAGCAGCUACCGCACUCCCUUGAGCAUAUGCUGUCCUUUGUUUAUAUUGCUUAUGCGAUGAUGGCGCUUUUGAUGGAGUCAGUACCUAGCUUCCUAGAAACCUGGAUCGAGUGCCUCGGUGAUUUGGCGAGGUACAGGAUGGCCAUUGAGGAAGCCGACAUGCGGGAUCGCGAAAUCUGGUCUAACGUCGCCCGCACCUGGUACAAUAAAGCCGCGGACAGGUCACCCAAUGUCGGAAGGAUUCAGCAUCACCUUGCUGUGUUAGCCAGGCCGAAUAUUGUCCAGCAGCUUUUUUUCUACACUAAAGCGCUGGUCAGCGUAGUUCCCUUCACUAAUGCAAGGGAUAGUAUUAUGCUUCUGUUCAAUCCCUUGCUGGACAAGGAUGAUGCAUCCCAUUUUGAUAGAUACCCCGUCGUGGAAGCCUCCUUUGUUACCGCUUUUGGAUUACUCUUCACCCGUGGCCAUCCUUUGGAGUACCAUACCCUAAUUCAGGCUUGCCUCACAGGACUCGAUGAGCAGAUCAUUCGCAUGGGAGCUAAAUGGAAAACCCAGGGCCCGGAGGUUGCUGCCACCUUGAUCGCCGGAGCAUUCGACUUUGGCCACGAACAGAAUCCCAUAUGGACCAUGUACCAGGAUUUCUUGGUCACCGUCAAGUCACGGAGAAGCUCGCCGGAGCCCACGAACCCAGCCAUCUUGGACGCCGAGGAUGCGGAGACCAGAACAAUCUUGCAACACGAGUUCUGGGCCAAUUUGAACACAUCGGAUGCAGCUCUUCGAAAGGCCAUACCACGAAAUGCUGGUGCCGUCGACAUCUCCUCAACCGAGGCAAUCACUAUUAACGUUCUGGGUGCCUUCCGCUCAGCUGUCGCGAUCAAUUCGAGAAAAAUUGGCGACAGGAAUAUUGUACCGUUUAUGCACUUUGUGCUCAGUUUUACCUGGUCACUUUCAUACGUUGGUCGAGCUAUGAUCUAUCUCGAGUCUCAGAUCCCAUGGCAGUGCCUCGUCACUUUUCUCAACACGGUGACUCGAUCUGGGGUCUCCUACGACCGAGUCGAAGCCGAAGCAUUUCCUCAGAGCAUUAACGGCACCGGUCACCAGCUUCCUGAGGAUUGGUUAGCCCGUGGGCUUGUCUGGACACAACAUGUCUAUCCUCACGACUUUUUCCGAAUCAAUGUCACGGACGAAGACGAGCGCACUCUUGAACUUCCUAGUCACACAGCGCCACGAGCCGAGCGCUGCCUCUGGCUGGGCGUUCGCCUGGCUUCUCUCAAGCGUUACAUCGACUACGACACGACAACCAAGGAGUUUUCGGUUUCUGAAUAUGCGCUGAGCCUAGAGCAGGGUGCCCUUGGCAAGAGCCAGCAGUCCAUACCUUCUCCUAAUGAUACGUUGGCUGAGAAGCCUCUCCGACCCGAAGUUGCCCACCACGAGAUACCAAUGUCGGACAUGCAGAGCGGUGAUGCAAGAACCGUUGAGACCGAUGCGGACUAUGUCGUGAUUGAUAGGGCUGAUCCGGCGCUGGCCGACCGAGACAAUGACAAGUCAAUGACAGGAGGGUAA